CGCAUACAGAGAGUAAUGCAGAUAAGCUGCAAGCGAAGAUAGGAAAGGGAGGCAGGGAGGGAGCCACGAACAGAUGAAAGACUGCAAGAUCAAGUGGGAUGCAAGCAAUCUGAGUUAGCUUUAGCACAGGCGAGAGACAGCCACUCCCCACCACCGUGGAACCUUCCGGAGCUGAGGCGAGCUGGGCUAUUUGCUUCCCCUUUGGGGUGUUUCCUCUACAUAGCAGCUUUCCCAUAGCCUCUGUCACGGAGCCCCGAGAGCGCAAGACCCUGUUGCCUGGAUACCUGGCUGGUGUUGCGGCUGCAGCGAGAAAGCCAGGACUGAAUGAACUCUGUGUAUGUUUGUUGGCGGUUGCUGCUGCCAUGGGAAGAGCACCGCUGACUCUUUCGACGGCUGGCUCGCUUUCUCACGUACUGGCUGACUUGCUGACAUGGCACGUAUGAAUAAUGAACAGAGUAUCUGCCAGGCACGAGCUGCUGUUAUGGUGUACGACGAUGCCAAUAAGAAGUGGGUGCCAGCAGGCGGCUCGACUGGCUUCAGCAGAGUCCACAUCUAUCACCACACAGGAAACAAUGCCUUCCGUGUAGUAGGGCGCAAGAUCCAAGAUCAUCAGGUGGUGAUAAACUGUGCCAUUCCCAAGGGACUGAAGUACAACCAGGCCACACAAACUUUCCAUCAGUGGCGGGAUGCUCGACAGGUCUACGGCCUGAACUUUGGCAGCAAGGAGGAUGCCAACGUAUUUGCCAGUGCCAUGAUGCAUGCCCUGGAAGUACUGAACUCCCAGGAGACAGGUCCCACAUUGCCCAGGCAGUCCCCCCAUGUUCAGAAUGGCCCCACACCAGAAGAAAUUGACCUCCGAAGAAGGCAGCUCCAGGAGCUGCAAAGGCAGAAAGAGCUAGAAAGGGAGCGCCAGGAACGCGAAUGUCAAGAGCGGGAGCGUCAGGAACAGGAGCGCCUGGAGCGAGAGAUGCAAGAGAGGGAACGUCAGGAACGGGAACGUCAAGAUCGGGAACGUCAGGAAAGGGAGCUUCGAGAAAGAGAGGUGCAGGCUGAGAGGGAGCGACUGGAGCGGGAACGUCAGGAGCAGCAGGAGCACGCCGAGCGUGAGCGGACGGAGAGGGAGAAGGUGGAGAGAGAGCGGCAGGAGAAGGAGCAGCAAGAGCUGUUGGACAGAGAGCAGCAAGACUGGGAAAGAGGGAGACGCAUCUCCAAUGCCGCAUUCGAAAGCACUCUGUACAGCCCCACUCCUCAGGAGUAUAGCAGGACAUCAUCCACGCCGGCAUCUCCAUCCACACAGACCUACCCAGCUCCCGGAGUCCUUUUAUCCUCAUCCACGACACCCCCCACGCCACCGCUGAGGCACUCGGCCUCCCGUUUUGCCACCUCGCUCGGCUCUGCCUUCCACCCGGUCCUUCCCCACUACGCCACUGUCCCAAGGAGACAGCAGGCGUUUGCCCAGGCGCCACCUCCUGCUCCUGCUCCAGUCCCCAGCCCUGCCACCGCGCCCAAGUCUGCGGUGUGUUCGGCAUACAACUUCACUCCCUUGCCCCCGUCACCACCGGUCAUGAUAAGCAGUCCACCAGGGAAGGCCGCAGGCCCACGGCCACUCAUCCCCAUCGCGGCCACCACCCCGCUUACCCAGAAGCCCCCCUCACCAUCUCCCAACGGCCCUCCUAUGUUUCCCGCACCAUCCCCGGUCACCAUCCUGCCACAUAGUCACCCUGUUGGCGUAGCCUGCCCAACCCCACCACCUCCGCCUACCCCGCCGCCAUUUGCUUCUCUCGCAGCAGCCCAUUCUUCUUCGUGCGUCUCGUCUCCCCCCUCCUCAUCCCAUGCUCCUGGUUUGCCCUCUCCCUCCACAGCGCCCUCCACUGCUGCAGUUGCUUCCACUGAGCACCUCAGCCUCCCUCUGGGCCUGGGCCCGUCAGGGCCAGGGGAGUCAGACACACCAGCAAGCCAAGAAACCCGCCGACUCUAUUUGGGGUCCUCCGAUCAGCCCCAGUCCCAGGACAUUGUGCAGCCAGUGGGGUUGACCACACCCACACCCACACCCACCCCUCCCCCACCUCCACCCCUGCCACCCAGCUCUACUGUGACAUCUGCGGCCGCCACCCCGGCCACCCCGCCGGCCGCCACCCCGGCCACCCCGCCGGCCGCCACCCCCACCACGCCAUCAGGACACCCUCCCCCGCCGCCGCCGCCUCCACCUUUGCCUCCUACAUUGACUCCAGCUGGGACACCUACUUCGCCACCCGGGCAACCUCCUCCACUUGGGUCCCCGACACCUCCCCCAGCACCUCCCCUUCCCGCUGGCCUCUUCUCUCCUGCAGAGGACCGCCCCAUCUCAGGCCUGGCUGCCGCCCUCGCAGGGGCCAAGCUGCGCAAAGUGCCAAGGAGUGAUGAUGCCGGAGCAGCUCUGGCAGCAGCCUUGUUGGGGACAGUUGGGACUGCGGGGGCCAAAUCGGAGCCCAGAGGCAAUGGCCCUCUACCUGGAGGAGGCGGGCUCAUGGAGGAAAUGAGCGCUUUAUUGGCUAGAAGAAGAAGAAUUGCGGAGAAGGGCUCUUCACCUGAACCCGACCAGAGAUCAGAGGAGGGUGAGGCAGCCACGAUCCCCAAAGUGUCAGCUUGUAGCACGCCAGACAUGCCCAGGAAGCCAUGGGAAAGAACAAACAACAAUACUAUGAAUGGUAGCAAAUCACCAGUUAUAGGAAGACCGAAAUCUACUCCAACGCCUACAGCAUCUGUAAGUGCCAACGGUAUGCCAACAGAAGCUGUUGACUAUGAUAGAUUGAAACAGGACAUUCUGGAUGAGAUGAGGAAGGAGCUGUCAAAGCUAAAAGAAGAGCUCAUUGAUGCAAUCAGGGAGGAACUGGGCAGGUCCAGUACAGCAUAGAUGAUACAUACUCCCUCUUCUACAAAUCCAAGCCCCCAUGGCCCAACUUUGGUCACGAGACAAGAUAAUACAGCCGGCCAGAACAAGAUAUCAACUUAGUAGCGGUGAUGACAAUGAAGACAACAACCACGUAUACCUGAGAGGGCGCGGUCUCUGGAGUGCGGCAUCAUUCUGGGUGAUGUUUGUAUAACUCUCAUAGAUGGGACUCCACUGCCUCACACUUUCCUCCACCCUCCUGCUGAGGACAUCGCAUCCUGGAGGACAGCAGUCUGAAAGAAAAGCGCAUGUCUUUAUGCAAAAAAAAAAAAAAAAAAAAAAAAGUUUUUGUCCUUUAAAAAAAAAAAAUUUAACUCUUCAAAGAUACUGUAAAGAUCAUUGGUGCAGAAGCAAAUCAGAAAUCGUUGUGGUGAUUUUUCUAUCAAAAGGCACGUUUUAUCAAGAAACAGGGAUGGAAAAUCUCCCCCACGCCUCCUCUCAUAAUGCCAUAGCAGUAGCGUGCGUGCGUGCGUGCGUGAUUCUGAACAAGUGCGAACGGUUAUGGACGGGGCGGUCCGCCGCUGCUGGAAAACUGUAAAGCUCGUCUUCCUCAAAUGCUAUUUGAACCUAAAUAUGUACAAAAAGAAGAGAUUAUUUUGAAAAACAUGCAUCUGUUUUGAGUCUAUAGAUUAAAGGCCAUAUCAAGUAGCUCCAUAAUCAUCAUCAUAAUCAUCUUAUUUGUUUCGGUUGAUUGGCAAGGGAGAGGCUGCAUGUCAGACAGCAGCCCCAUAGUAGCUCUCGACCAAACAAAAAGUGCUAUUUUGCUAACGCCCGUCAUGCUAUUUGAGCAUGGUCACUGUAGAUGGACUUUCACGUCCGACUGGCUUUGUGUCCCUCUCUGUCACGUUUAACAUUUCUUUUUUUUUUUUUUUUUUUUUUUUUCCCCCUUCAUAAAGUGGAAGGGUGACAAAUCUGCCAAGAAAAUGCAUUCACUCCCACAAGUUUAUGACAAGCAAUAAGUGUAGCAUCUGUUGUCACGCCCUGUCAAUCAUGUUUCUGUAUGGCCUAUCAGAGCUCUGUAUGGACAGAAAGAUGGCGUCCGAUGGUGUCACUGAAGAGCGUGAUUUCACGGAUCAACCUAAUUUAGAACUCCCUAUCCCCUCUCCGUAACGUCCAAUCGUACUGUGUCCUUAAGAUAAUUUGAUGUUAGAAGGAUUUUUGUCUGUUUAUUCAUUUUUCCACAAAACUACUACUAGUGUGCAUAAAUCUGUGUGUGUGGUGUCUUCAAGGAUUUCAGCGUGCCAUUCAGUCUUUCACCUGUGCUUACUUUUUUUAUUUUUUAUUUUUUAUUUGCCUCAAAGUGGCACAAGUCCAGAUAAUUUCAACAGAUUUUUAUUUAUUUUGUUCCAACUACAAGCUCAGAGUUGAAGAAUUUGUUUGAUGAGAGCCAAGCCAUGGUCCAAAAUAUACAGAUCACAGUUGCAAAAAAAAAAAAAAGGAGAAUAAAUCUCCAAUCUAUCACACAUAAAUUGUUUGGCGGUGGAUUAUACAUAAUGCAUGGUUAAGCCAUAAAUUUGUCACACACUGGGGACAUUUUAAGUUAAAGUGACUUUUUACUUGUUGAAUGGGUGUUUCAGCUGUAAGAUGUGGUAACAGAUAUUCAUAUACUGUUUUACAUUUUCACAAAAUAUUCCACAUCCAAACUUUUGCAUCCCCUUUUAUAGCCAUUGUUUUCAAUUUGCGAGUUGAUGGCUUUGAAUGGUCCCAAAAUAUCACGUUCCUCACAAAUGAUUCUUAUCCUUACGUUAUCAUUGAAACAUAUGUAACGCCAACUUUGGCGAACUCAACAUUUGGCUGGGGAACAAACUAUUUGGGUUUAAUAUUGUAUGCAAGACCAUGCCAUACAGGCUGAAGUAGCAACAAUUUAUAUUUGGAGGGAACAUUUAAAACUCUCAAACAUCUCAAAAAUAAUCCGCUUUUUUAUGCACCCUAUCUUUGAAAACGUUCAAGCCAAAGUAGCAAAGACGUACAGGUUUGAAUGAUCUUUGAAUACUUCAUCUUUCAAUCCAGUUUUAUUAUAAACAUCCACCCAAGAGGCCACCCGUGCUUUAGCCUUUUUCCGAUUGCACUUUAGUACGAAAACACAAGAGACGCAUUCAAACACAUCACGACUACUGUGCGGCUAUUUCUCGCCAAAGGACUCAACAAUCACGCUCAACGAAGUCGCCUUCCUUAUAUGUCAAUCAUGGAGAUUUCAAAGCAGAACCAUAUCUUCUAUUCACAGUACAUCCACUUAUUGGACAGGUUAAAUGUUACAAUCUCUGUUGAAUCCAUGUGGUUUGUGCCUUGUUCUGAAGUUGUUUUCAAAUCCAUAACUAGUAAUAAUAUUUGUCCGUCAAAUACACUUUUGUGAUUUUUUUUAGGGUGUAUAUGUUCCGUUGAAGGGAGAUCUCAAUGACCUUGUUACUGUUCCAGGGAACGUGUGUGCAACAAGAUCUGCUUUGUUGUUUCCACCAAGUUGAGACUUUUUGUUUUCUCCUUACCGCUAUAAAGUACAAUCAGACGUUGGCCUACAACGGUUAAGGGGAAUAUCUUUCACACUUAGUUUGAAAGAGAUUACGAGCCCCUUAUGCCAGUUAAAUGUGGUUAACAAAUUUGCUUUCCUCGCUUAAUUUGGAAUUGGGGCUAUGUCCACAUUCUUGUCAGUUUAAUGAUGGAAACGCUUGUUUGUGUUCAGUUAUAAUGCAGGGGAAAGGAAUUGUGAAUUUGCAAGGACUUUUUGAGAUUGGGGUUCCACGCUUUUGAAGGCACAGCAUGUUUCGAAGGGUGGGUUUCCAGACUUGUUCUUUUAGCAUCCACGUUGUGUCCUAUGCUGUGUUCAUGUGAAUUAGUCUUUUCUUACAUGCUAACAUUUUUUGUUUUGAUUGAGAAAGUGAAAUAAAAUUGCAAUACAAGACAUA